GUCCAUUUGUUAGAAGGGAGCUGUCAACAGCACUGGAUCCAAACCCCUCAACGCAUAUACUGCUUUGCUUCUCUCUGCUCUCACUGUUGCUGAGCUCGUCUUCGUUGCUGAUGAGGUAAGGAGAGAGAGAGACAGCGAGAGCGAGCGAGAGCGAGCGAGUUGGUGUUUGUUUUAGAGAGAGAAAACAUGGAGGAGGAGCACCGCGAGGAGGAAGUGCUUGGCUCGAGCCUUACGAUGGAGAAGGUCGCCGCCGCCAAACAAUUCAUAGAGAACCACUACAAGAAUCAGAUGAAGAGCAUCCAGGAACGCAAGGAAAGGCGGUGGAUUCUAGAAAGAAAACUAGCAACUUCUGAUGUGCCUAAAGAAGAGCAAAUAAAUCUGAUAAAGGAUUUAGAAAGAAAGGAGACUGAAUAUAUGAGGCUGAGGAGGCACAAGAUAUGUGUGGAUGAUUUUGAGCUUCUAACAAUUAUUGGUAGAGGAGCCUUUGGUGAGGUCAGGUUAUGUAGAGAGAAGAAAUCGGGGAAUAUUUAUGCCAUGAAGAAGUUGAAGAAAUCUGAAAUGCUCACAAGAGGACAGGUGGAACAUGUGAGAGCCGAGAGAAAUUUACUCGCAGAAGUGGCUAGUCAUUGCAUUGUAAAGCUAUAUUACUCAUUCCAAGAUGCUGAAUAUCUUUAUCUUGUGAUGGAGUAUCUACCAGGUGGCGACAUGAUGACUCUUCUAAUGAGAGAGGACACAUUGUCUGAGAAUGUGGCUAAAUUUUACAUUGCUCAGAGUGUACUUGCCAUAGAGUCAAUUCACAAGCAUAACUAUAUUCACAGGGAUAUCAAACCUGAUAACCUUCUUUUGGAUAAAAAUGGUCACAUGAAGCUCUCUGAUUUUGGUCUUUGUAAGCCCCUUGAUUGUAGAACGCUAUCUACGUUAAAUGAAAAUGAAGCUAUGGAUGAUGAGAACAUAAGGGACCCAAUGGACAUUGAUGGCAGCUUCCCUGAUUCGCGCAAUAGUAACUGGAGAAGUCCCCGUGAACAGCUUCAGCAUUGGCAGAUGAACAGAAGGAAGUUGGCAUUUUCUACAGUGGGCACGCCAGACUAUAUUGCUCCUGAGGUUCUGUUGAAGAAAGGAUAUGGCAUGGAAUGUGACUGGUGGUCCCUUGGUGCAAUUAUGUAUGAAAUGCUCGUUGGUUAUCCCCCAUUUUACUCAGAUGAUCCCAUAACUACUUGCAGGAAGAUAGUUCAUUGGAGAAAUCACCUAAAAUUUACUGAAGAUGCUAAACUGUCACCUGAAGCAAAGGACCUGAUAUGUAGAUUGCUAUGUGAUGUUGAUCAUAGACUCGGAACUGGUGGUGCCAACCAAAUUAAGGCUCAUCCUUGGUUCAAGGAUAUUGCGUGGGAUAAGCUGUAUGAAAUGGAUGCUGCCUUCAAACCCGAAGUUAAUGGGGAGCUAGACACUCAAAACUUUAUGAAGUUUGAUGAAUUGGAUCCUCCACCUGCAAGAACAGGAUCUGGGCCUUCCCGUAAGAUGUUAUUGACUUCCAAAGAUUUAAGUUUUGUGGGCUAUACAUACAAAAACUUUGAUGCUGUGAAGGCACUGCGCAACUCUUCUGAUCUUAUGAGGAGUACAUCCCCUAGAAGGCCCUCAAUUGAUUCUAUUUUUGGUGAUCCGAAGGAGGGUCUGGGAACAAACAGUGCAGCAGCAGCAGGGGAAACAGAUGUACAAAUGAUCGCAUCAACUGGUGAUGCGAUGUUGCCAUAACAAAGCUUGUGUUUUACAAAACAUAUUAAGGGGAUGUAGCAUAUAUCUGCGUAUUUUUAUCAGGUUUGCUCUUCCCCGUUCCAUUUUAGAUGUUUGCCCUAUGUUUAACGAACCACCAUGUAAUUGUACAGAGUGCUUGAAAAUCUGUGUAAUAGUGGAUUAACUUGUAGGGCAUGAAAUUUACUAGUUAGGAAGGUUUGUGCAAUAGAAACUUAGAAUAGGUGGGUAUGUCAUUUGUGUCCCGGCUGCCCAGGUUGGCAAUUGAAUUUUGCUUUCUCUUGUGGCAGUUUUUGGUCGGACCAUUUGAUAAAUUGGAAAACAUUCACUCUCUAUUCUGCUAGCUAGAGGAACUAUUCUAAUGUGAUAGCAAUCUACUAGCUACUAGCUAUGGAAAAGCUUUAUUUAUUAAUUGCUA